UCCAUGUUUCAGAAAAAUGCCCACAAACCCGAAUUCUUGUGAGGUGUGCUCAUCGUCCUCGAAUAGUUCCUGCAAUCAUUUUGGAGCCAGAACUUGCAAGGCUUGUGCUGCCUUCUUCCGUCGCACCGUAUCUAUGAAGCUCGACUAUCAGUGUAUUGACCAACCGGAUGCCUGUCGUGUUCAUUGUGAUUCUCGCGUGAUUUGCCGAUUUUGCCGGCUCAAAAAGUGCCAUGAUAUUGGUAUGAAGCCAUUGUUGGUGAAAUCAAAAAACGAGCGGAAAAACUACAUCCGGAUUUCCAAAGGAUUAAUUCGCAAAAGAUCAGUACUCGGCGACAAUGUCAAAGAAAAUUCCGAAGAAAUUCAAAAUGAUGAUGAUCCUCAAGAAUCGGAUGCUGAAAUGGAAAAUGAGUCCACACCAGGACCAUCAUCAGAACCAUCAGAAAAUGUAUCGGCUGAAAAUCAAGAAACAGUGACAAAAUUCUUGAAACUGGAAGCAUCCAUGUGUGAUCGAAGACGGCUACUGUACGCUGAGACGCCUAUCAGUAUUGUGCUGGAGAGUGGCAAGGAAUGGCCAUACGAAAAUGCUCCGCUGAAAAUGUUCGAUUACAAGUUGAGCCAAGGAAUGUCGAAGCACGAUUUUGUGAUGAUCAUGGACUACGCGCGUGGUAUGCCCGGAUUCGACGAGAUGAACUAUGCAGAUAGUGUCUUCUGCUACCGUCUCGUGUGCGCUGUAGAUUUUGUCAUCAAUUCAGCAUACUAUACUUAUAAACGAGGAAUCGAGCACAACGAGCUCGUCCUGAGCGAUGGUACCUUUAUCCCAAUGGUGCCCACACCAUUGACAGGCUACGAGGAGAAUGCAAAUCUGCUGUUUCAAAGUCAGGACGAUCUUAUGAAGUUUCGAACUCUGAUGCCUCUCAUCCUUCAUCAGUGGGAAACCUGCGUGCCGUUUGCUCAACUUGCUCCGUCCCAUGAGGAAUUUUGUCUGCUGAAAGCGAUUUGUGUUUGGCAUGUUUCCUACUAUCGCCUCAGCGAGGAUGGUCGCCGUAUCGCGAUUGCUCAACGCAACCGUCUGAUCCGGGCUCUUCAUCAUGUGUGCCACCUUGACAGUGAUGAUGUUGGAGAACGAUUUGGCAACGUUAUGAUGGCUCUGAACUAUAUUAUGGUGAACAUUCGCCACGUGGUCAGCUCAUUUGUAAUGAUCUCCUUUUUCGGCAUUAUCAACGUAGACAAGUCGAUGAUAUCGUUGACAAGCUUUUGGAACAAAUCCGACACGUCAACUGCUCCUUCGUUAUGAUCUCAAUUUUCGGAAUCCUCAAAGUGGAUAGUCUUAUGCUUGAUGUGACAAGUUUUUGGUGAAAUAUUCAAAAUACAAAAUCCUACGACUAGCUUUAUUAUUCGAAUAAACCAAUUUAUUAAAU